GUCGCGCGCACGGGCCGGGCGUCUCGACUCCCGCGCGCGCUCGGCUGGUCCCAGUCCCCGGGAGAAGAAGCGGAGGAGGGAGAGAGCCAGCGAGGCGGCCCAGGGGAGCGGGCGCGAGUGGCGGCUGCCGGAGCCGCCUGUGCACGGGCGGCGGCGAGGCGAGGGUGGCGGUCGCCUGAGCAGCUAGAGCCGGGGCGGCGCGGAAUCCGCAUCCGCCGCGAGUGUGAUGAAGCUACCCUGCCUCGCUGCUCCGCUUGCCGCCAGCUGACACCGCCUGCACCCAGCCCGCCCGGGAGGGGAGACGCCGCGGGGCCGUGACCUUGGCGGAGGAGGGCACACUGAUAACUCUUGUAUCUUGAGAGUGGACCAAGUUUUGGGUGACAUGGCCCAGGGGAAUAAUUAUGGGCAGACCAGCAACGGGGUGGCCGAUGAAUCACCCAACAUGCUGGUGUACAGAAAGAUGGAAGACGUCAUAGCACGGAUGCAAGAUGAAAAAAAUGGAAUUCCUAUUCGUACGGUCAAAAGCUUUCUUUCCAAGAUACCUAGCGUCUUCUCUGGUUCAGACAUUGUUCAAUGGUUGAUAAAGAACUUAACUAUAGAAGAUCCAGUGGAGGCGCUCCAUUUGGGAACAUUAAUGGCUGCCCAUGGCUACUUCUUUCCAAUCUCAGAUCAUGUCCUCACACUCAAGGAUGAUGGCACCUUUUACCGGUUUCAAACCCCCUAUUUUUGGCCAUCAAAUUGUUGGGAGCCGGAAAACACAGAUUAUGCCGUUUACCUCUGCAAGAGAACAAUGCAAAACAAGGCACGACUGGAGCUCGCAGACUAUGAGGCUGAGAGCCUGGCCAGGCUGCAGAGAGCGUUUGCCCGGAAGUGGGAGUUCAUUUUCAUGCAAGCAGAAGCACAAGCAAAAGUGGACAAGAAGAGAGACAAGAUUGAACGGAAGAUCCUUGACAGCCAAGAGAGAGCGUUCUGGGACGUGCACAGGCCCGUGCCUGGAUGUGUAAAUACGACUGAAGUGGACAUUAAGAAGUCAUCCAGAAUGAGAAACCCCCACAAAACACGGAAGUCUGUCUAUGGUUUACAAAAUGAUAUUAGAAGUCACAGUCCUACCCACACACCCACACCAGAAACUAAACCUCCAACAGAAGAUGAGUUACAACAACAGAUAAAAUAUUGGCAAAUACAGUUAGAUAGACAUCGGUUAAAAAUGUCAAAAGUCGCUGACAGUCUACUAAGUUACACGGAACAGUAUUUAGAAUACGACCCGUUUCUUUUGCCACCUGACCCUUCUAACCCAUGGCUGUCCGAUGACACCACUUUCUGGGAACUUGAGGCAAGCAAAGAACCCAGCCAGCAGAGGGUAAAACGAUGGGGUUUUGGCAUGGACGAGGCAUUGAAAGACCCAGUUGGGAGAGAACAGUUCCUUAAAUUUCUAGAGUCAGAAUUCAGCUCGGAAAAUUUAAGAUUCUGGCUGGCAGUGGAGGACCUGAAAAAGAGGCCUAUUAAAGAAGUACCCUCAAGAGUUCAGGAAAUAUGGCAAGAGUUUCUGGCUCCCGGAGCCCCCAGUGCUAUUAACUUGGAUUCCAAGAGUUAUGACAAAACCACACAGAACGUGAAGGAACCUGGACGAUACACAUUUGAAGAUGCUCAGGAGCACAUUUACAAACUGAUGAAAAGUGAUUCAUACCCACGUUUUAUAAGAUCCAGUGCCUAUCAGGAGCUUCUACAGGCAAAGAAAAAGUCUGGAAACUCAAUGGAUCGCAGAACAUCUUUUGAAAAAUUUGCACAGAAUGUGGGCAGAAACAUCCCUAUUUUCCCAUGCCAUAAAAACUGUACACCAACACUGAGGGCCAGCACUAACCUGUUAUGAAAAGAGGGGAAAUCUCUCACGUCCAAGAGGUUAACAAGCCUUGUUCAGUCUUACUAAACGGAUCAUCUUGUAGCAUGAAUGCAGACUGGAGUCACUGCACACACUUUGUAGCUCAAUGUUGUGACCUGGAGCAGAGGACAUUAGAACAAGAUGUUGCAUGAGCAAAGGACCUAAAUUGUUAUUUUUGUGUGUACAUUCCAUCUCCAAUGGACUCUUCCAUCUCAAUGCCUCCAUUCCAAACUGUUGUCUGCUUUCUUUCUCCUUCUACUAUGCUGGAUCUGUGUCUUUUCCUUUUUAACAAGUUCAAGUGAAGUAAAACCUUUUCUUUUUUUCCUUCUUUCUCUCUCUCUCUCUCAAAGCUUCAGCUAGACACACAGUUCACUGAAAAUUCAGUCAGUCAAAAACUGGAAGAAUUGUAAAAGAAAAAAGUAUAUAUCAAUAAGUAUACAUGUGGCUUCACAUUUAUUAAACAAUAAAUUCCGCACAGAAAGUUUCAUUUCACCAAUGUGUCACAGUCAGAAACAAACUCAUGUCUUCGUCUGUUGUCUGUACAUUCUCCGUUAAUGUUUCUUGCAUUUAUUUUUAUACCAUAUUUAAAGAAGAAACACCUUUUACUCCAAAUGUAUUAAAGUUGAUCCCUUCUCUGUAAAUUUGUGUAUGUUUAUAUUGUUGUUUUAUCUUUCAUUAAAAGAUGCAGAAUCUCA